CAAAAAUCCCCAUAAAACGAAAAAAAGAAAAACACCAUCGUUCUUCUCUCUAUCUGAAGUUGUGUUUGCUUUGUUCAUAGUAUAUAUAUAUAUUGAUUCAUCAAAAGCAGAGAGAGAGAGAGAGAGAGAGAGAGAGAGAGAAGGGUGUGGCAAUGGCAGAUCAACCUGAGGGAACGGUGAAGAACAUUCUAGAACAAGAGUCUCUGAAGUGGGUUUUCGUUGGUGGCAAAGGUGGUGUUGGCAAAACCACUUGCAGUUCCAUUCUCUCAAUCCUUCUCGCCACUGUACGCAACUCUGUUCUCAUAAUCUCCACCGACCCUGCACACAAUCUCAGCGAUGCUUUUCAACAACGCUUCACCAAGACCCCUACUUUGGUCAAUGGCUUCUCCAAUCUCUAUGCUAUGGAGGUGGAUCCUACCGUUGAACAUGAGGACAUGGGUGGUUCUGAUGGGAUGGAUAGUUUGUUCUCAGAGCUAGCUGGUGCAAUUCCUGGAAUUGAUGAGGCUAUGAGCUUUGCUGAGAUGUUGAAACUGGUGCAGACAAUGGAUUAUUCUGUUAUUGUAUUUGAUACUGCUCCUACUGGCCAUACACUCAGACUAUUACAAUUCCCAUCGGUUUUAGAAAAGGGUCUUGCUAAAAUGAUGUCAUUGAAAAGUAAAUUUGGCGGUUUGUUUAAUCAGAUGACUCGCAUGUUUGGCAUGGGUGAUGAUUUUGGUGAUGAUGCAAUUCUUGGGAAGAUGGAAAGCAUGAAGGAUGUAAUCGAACAAGUUAAUAAGCAAUUCAAAGAUCCGGACAUGACAACCUUUGUCUGUGUUUGCAUUCCUGAAUUCCUUUCACUUUAUGAAACAGAGAGAUUAGUUCAGGAACUUACGAAGUUUGAGAUUGACACACACAAUAUCAUCAUUAAUCAAGUAAUCUUUGAUGAUGAAGAUGUCGAAUCUAAGUUACUUAAAGCAAGAAUGAAAAUGCAACAGAAGUAUCUGGAUCAGUUUUACAUGUUGUAUGAUGACUUUCACAUUACCAAGCUGCCAUUGCUCCCAGAAGAGGUUACUGGGGUUGAAUCUCUGAAAGCUUUUUCAAGACAGUUUACGUCACCAUAUCAACCUUUAUCUAGUAGAGACCAAGUAGAACGGUUAGAGCGUAGAGUAUCAACUCUACAACACCAGUUAAAAGAGGCUGAAGAAGAAUUGGAGAGACUCAAAUGGGGGAAGCCCAAGGCUUGAUGCCCCCCCCCCCCCCCCCCCCCCCCACAUUCAUGAAUAAUGCCUUUUUGGUUCACAUUCUUUUGAAGCUUACAUCUGAUAAAGCAUCUUCUUCUGUGUUGGGCUGCCAAUAUAAGUCAAUUGUCUAUUUUGCUUCUUUUUAAUUAAUGUUACAGUGAGCUUUCUCAUGUAAACACAGCCACAAAAAAAGUUGCUGAGGUUAGUUUAAUUUGUUUAAUGAAUAUUCUUUACUUUCAGAUUAUGAAUCGGAUAAUUUCUUAUCAAUAUUCUUUCCUUUUGUUGUU